GCUUUAUUUUAAUACCUUGGUGUAGAUGGAUGUGUCUGACUACAGUAAGUAUGGAAAGUCCCUGUGGAACCAGAAGAAGAAGCUGAAACAUCACGUUCGGGUUUGACAUGCUCACCACUGCUCCUCUGCGUCUCUACGACAGAGACAUGAGGACAAUACAGCGCCUGCUGCUCCUGGCAGAGUUUUUGCUACUUGCAAGAUGUCAGCAAAAGCCACAAGUUCAAAUGUCACCUCCACUAGAGAAGAUCUUUUUAGGGGACUUAAUUCUUCUGAGAUGUAGCUCCACUGCCAGUGAAGUGACAUGGUACGUGAACGACACGGUACAAGCGCAGAGGAACCCCAGCCUGAAGAUUGAAGCUGCUGCACCCGAGCACUCAGGCAGGUAUCAAUGCCAGGAUGGCAACGGGCCAAAGAGUGACGACUAUCCCAUCAACGUCCUGGAUCACGCUCCCAGUGCCGCGCUCAUCAUCCGGACCGGCCAGCCUGUGGUGCGAAACGGAGGCUCAGUCGUCCUGCAGCUGGACUAUGACGAUGGUGUAAAGGGAUGGAAGUGCUGGGUCAACACGGGAGAGCAGACAAAGACUGUUCGACUCAGGCGGAGCGAUGAGAAGGCAGUGAGUGUGUCCUUUCAACCCAACAGACUGGAAGUGCCAGAGAGCGUUUUCUGGUGUACUAAUCAAGAACUCAGGAGCAACCAAAUCCGGGUCAGAACCUCAGAGAAGGACGUGUCGUUGGAGAUGUACCCUCUGCCCGCUGUGGUUGGAGUGAAUCUGACCCUGAAGUGCCUCGUCUGGGGCACCGAUAGAGUCACCCGCGCUGUUUUCUACAAAGACAAUUCAAUCAUUCAGGAAACCCCGCAGACGACCUACCAGAUCAAUAAUGUGACAGAAUCUACUGGUGGAAGAUAUAAGUGUGAGGCCACCUACACACAUGUGCAACGCACCGCUGGGCCCCCGUACCAAGUGGUCUCCGAUGGCCAAGAUGUGUUUGUCCAAGUGUCUCCCAUGAGGGCGGUGCUGGACGUCUUUGCGGACUCUAGCAUGUCGUGUUCUUGUCGGCGUUGUCCCGCCAAUAGCACCUAUCGCUGGUACAAGACAGAUAAUGGCCAGGCAUGGCUGCUUAUUGGUUUCAAGCAACGGGUCAUGACGCCAGAAGAGAGAGGCACCUACGCAUGUCGAUUCAUUUGGACCGAGGGGAGGUCCUUGCUCAGCAACGUCUACCUUCAUCAACCCAAAGCCAUUCCAAUUACAGCUGUAAUUGUGAUUGUGGCGGUUCCUCUAUUAGUGUGUGUGUGUCUGGGUUUGGUUGUUGUUUACAUAUUUUAUAAGAAGAGAAAUACCACUGAACAACUUUACCAGGACGUGCCAAUGAGAUCUCGCGACACCGCUGACGGCGGAUACGAUGAGCUGCAGAAAGGUUCCCAAAAGGAGUCCGAGUACGACCUCCUGCAGCCAGGAGCGUCGGGCGCCCCGGCGAGAGGAGGCGAGUACGAGGCUCUGAAGAAAGAAGACGUUGCCGACUACGACACCCUGCAGGCAAAAGCGCCGGGCCCCCCGGCGAGAGGAGGCGAGUACGAGGCUCUGAAGAAACAAGACGUUGGCGACUACGACACCCUGCAGGCAAAAGCGCCGGGCCCCCCGGCGAGAGGAGGCGAGUACGAGGCUCUGAAGAAACAAGACGUUGGCGACUACGACACCCUGCAGGCAAAAGCGUCGGGCGCCCUGGCGAGAGGAGGCGAGUACGAGGCUCUGAAGAAACAAGACGUUGGCGAGGGGAUCUACCACACCCUGGGGAUGGAGGGGGCAGCGGGACGGGAGUGAGCGUAGGCGGCCGUGGGGAAGGACAAGGAUUGAGAAUAGGAGAUUGGGGAGACAGCAGAGGAACA